UGUUCACACACACUCUCUUCAACCAACGACCCUAAAAAAUAUCUGGCUCACAUUACCUCAAGAUAUUUAUCUCCUUGAUGACGUGGCGUCCAGAACAAUUCACUGACACGUGUAAAAGCGACGCCAUGUGGAGCUCUUUUUUUUCUUUGCCAGGAACAUACUUCUUCACCCGAAACGAACCCACAGGGUUUCUUCUUCUUCUUCGCUCAAAUUUUAUCACUCUCGCGGACCAUGGAAGCGAAUCUCCGUAUCCGCCGUGAUCUCCACUCGCCGCCGUUCCCCUCCGGUCCAGAGUCAUUUCCCGAGUUGACUCGCUCCGGCUCCGGUUCCGGCCCCGGCCCCGACUCCGAUUCCUCCGCCACAUCCGUUGACAAUACUUCCAGAGAGGCCGCUCCGUUUCCGGACCAGUCUAGACGAUGGACAGAUCAGCUGCACAGUCUAUAUAUUAGUUCUUUAGAGGCCUCAUUUGUGAAUAAGUUGCAUCAUUCUAUACAUUUACAUGGUUGGAGCUUUCAUAAUAAUACCGAUGAAGCAUAUAAGUGUAGAACUCUGCAAAAUACACCUAAUAUGCCUAGUCAGUCUCUGGCUCUACAAGAUGGCUGCCAGAAGAAGACCAGCCUAGAAAAAAUUGCUCCCAUGUUAGAGAGCACAGCUGAUUCUCAUGUUCUUGCAGGAAAUUAUUUGGGACUUGCAAUGGUAGAUAAAGCUUGUAAUUUGAGAGAGCCUAGUACCUAUGAUCAUGGCUUACUCUGUGACGAGGAGAUUCAUGCCAGUGGAAGUACAGCAUUUGCCAACAGGUCAGCAAGAAGUUGUUUUAAGAAGCAAUGCUCAUUCCAUGCAGAAUCGGGAUGCAGUACAACAGAGGUCGCCGAUCAAAACUUCAAGGACGAAGUAGCCAGUUCAAGCAGCAUGCCGAUGGCUAAAAGGUUGAAGACAGCUUCAGCUGAUGGUUCAAGCACCCAUCAAGUUGUCCCAUUUGGAAAGUUUCAGACAACUGAUGUUUCAACUAAUAAUAAUUCAACACCAGAGAAUAAAGGACAUGAAUUGCUAUCUCAACUCCCAGUGAGAUUCCGUGUCCCAAAGUCCGACCUGCCUGGCUUUCUCAGGGAUAGGUAAGUAUCAGCUUCUCAGAUUAAAGCCUCAGAAUCUACAGUGAAUGCUGGUAUAACACACGAGAAUAUACAAUUUACUUUGUGCUCUUUCAAGAAGUUUGAGGAGCUUAUGUAAAGGAAAAUCAGACAUGAAAACUCUAUUCUUGUUGAAUUUAGUGCUGGUUAGGUUACCCAUAGGUGUUUAAUGUAAUAUAGUGAGGAAGAAUCCUUUUAUAGCAAUAUGCUUCCACAUGGUACAAAUUAUGAUUUUUUGUUAGAUGAUUUUUGGGGUGAUAAACCAACUAUUUAGGUAUCGAAGAUAAGUGUUUCAUUUCUUCAGUUGGAUUC